GUGAAAUCGGAUCAGUUAGCGGGUUCAAGUCACAGCCCGACCCAGUUGUACCAAAGCAUAUUUCUAAACCCUCUUGCUUAUCCUCGCCAUAGAUGUCCGGCGUCAACCAAGAGCCAUGCUCCUCCCCGUUCUACACAAUUUCAGUAAUCCCCUCUUAAACCCUAAACCCAACGUAAUCCUCACUGUCCCUAUUCGUACUUCCCUCUUUUCAUCCCUCUCCUUCCUCCGCUCUUUCACUAUCUCUCUCUCUCACCACCACCACCACCUACGAUGCCGCUAUCUCUACACACGGCACCACCUUUUUCUUCUCCCUGCCCCCACAUCCUCCUUUACCCUUCUAAAUCUUCACCCAUUUCAGUGUGUAAACCGUUUUAGUACUUCCACCGAACAGUUGGCGACCGAAUCCCUUUCUCCUUCCGAAUCGGAAGAGAAAGGGGACUUCUCAAGCUACAGCGAGAACGAAAAUGACAUUUUGAAAUUCGACGGCGACCCGGGAUAUUUGGGCUCCGGUGGAGAUAUGAAGCACAUGAAUUCGCCAGCGAUUGUGGUGAGGGAGUUGGAAGAGUUGCCGGAGCAAUGGAGGCGGGCGAGAUUGGCCUGGCUGUGUAAACAAUUGCCGGCGCACAAGGCGGGAACUUUGUUGAGGAUACUUAAUGCCCAGAAAAAGUGGAUGAGGCAGGAGGAUGCUACCUAUGUUGCGUUUCAUUGUAUGCGCAUUCGCGAAAACGAGGCUGGGUUUAGGGUGUAUAAAUGGAUGAUGCAGCAACACUGGUAUCGAUUUAAUUUUGCUCUGGCUACAAAGCUUGCAGAUUACAUGGGUAAGGAACGAAAAUUUGCAAAAUGCAGGGAGAUAUUUGAUGAUAUCAUCAAUCAGGGACGUGUGCCUUGUGAGUCCACUUUUCACAUUUUGGUCAUCGCAUAUCUUAGUGCACCAGUUCAUGGUUGCUUGGAAGAAGCAUGUAGCAUAUACAAUCGCAUGAUUCAGUUGGGAGGUUACCAGCCACGGCUCAGUUUGCACAAUUCUCUUUUUAGAGCUCUUGUGAGCAAACCAGGAGGUACUUCAAAACAUUAUCUCAAGCAGGCUGAGUUUAUUUUUCAUAAUUUGGUGACAUCUGGACUUGAGAUACAGAAGGAUAUUUAUUGUGGCCUAAUUUGGCUACAUAGCUAUCAGGACAACAUAGAUAAACAAAGGAUUGCAUCACUGAGGGAAGAGAUGAAGCAAGCAGGAAUAGAGGAGGGCAGGGAAGUGCUUGUAUCUAUUUUGAGAGCAUGCUCGAGGGAGGGUGAUGUGGAGGAAGCAGAAAGAACUUGGCUCAAACUCCUUAGCAUUGAUGGCGAUCUCCCCACACAAGCUUUUGUGUACAGGAUGGAAGUCUUUGCUAAGGUUGGAGAACAUAUGAAAUGUUUGGAAAUAUUCAGGGAAAUGCAGGAACGUUUGGGUUGUGCUACUGUUGCAGCAUAUCAUAAAAUCAUGGAAGUGUUAUGUCAAGCUCAGGACGUGGAAUUGGCAGAAUUGCUCAUGCAAGAGUUCAUUGAGAGUGGUAUGAAGCCUCUUAUGCAAGGUUUUAUUUAUCUAAUGAAUAUGUACCUUUAUUUAAAUUUGCAUGAUAAAUUGAAGUCAGCUUUCUCUGCAUGCCUUGAGACCUGUCAACCAAACCGGACUAUUUGCAAUAUAUACCUGGAUUCUUUGGUAAAAAGUGGUGAUCUUGAGAAAGCAGAAGAGACCUUCAACCAUAUGUAUAGAGAUAAAGUUGUUGGUGUUAACACCAGAUCAUGCAAUAUUAUUCUCAAAGGGUACCUCUCUUCUGGAGACUACAUGAAGGCAGAGAAGAUAUAUGAUCUGAUGUGCCAGAAGAAAUAUGAUAUUGAAUCCUCAUUAAUGGGAAAGCUUGAAUAUGUAUUGAGCUUGAGUAGGAAAGAGGUUAAGAAGCCUGUAAGCCUCAAGCUAAGCAAAGAUCAGAGAGAAAUUUUAGUGGGGUUGCUGUUAGGAGGUUUGCGAAUUGAUUCAGAUGAAGAACGGAAGAGACACAGGAUACAAUUUGAGUUCAAUGAGAGUUCUAGCACUCAUUCUGUUUUGAGGAGAUAUUUAUAUGACCAGUACCAUGAGUGGUUACAUCCCUCCUGUAAGAUUAGUGAUGGUAGCGAUGAUGUAUCUUGCAGAUUUUCUACUAUCUCACACUCUUACUUUGGUUUCUAUGCAGACCAGUUUUGGCCUAAAGGUCGGGCCACAAUACCAAAGCUAAUUCAUAGGUGGUUGUCACCACAGGUUCUUGCAUACUGGUAUAUGUAUGGAGGGCACAGAACAUCAUCCAAGGACAUCUUGUUGAAGCUUAAAGGAAGUAGAGAGGGGGUUGAAAAGGUUGUUAAAACUUUAAAAGCGAAAUCUCUCAAUUGCAGGGUGAAGGGAAAGGGAAAUGUGUUUUGGAUAGGAUUUUUAGGAAGUGAUUCCACAUGGUUCUGGAAACUGGUGGAACCUUAUAUUUUAGAUGAUUUGAAAGAUUUUCUAAGAGCAGGUGAUCAGAGCUGGGGGAAUAAUGCUGUGGAAACUCAAAAUAUAAGCUUUGAUGAUGGAUCUGAUUCUGAUGAACCAGCAUCUGAGUACAUUGAUAUUGACAAUUCAUAGGACUUAAUUCAUGGGUGUUUGGGUACAUUCUUGACCACGUAGUUCGCUGCUCCCACUUGUGGCUCACAACUCUGAAGUUUCCUUGGAUGAAAAAAGACUUGAGUGCCAUUUCCAGUCCUACUGGUAUCAAAUCAUCCUUGGAAAAUUUUAUUGUACAUAUAUAGUUAAGUUAUAUGAUUAAACCAGUUGAAAAAAUAAAAGUAGUACAAAAAUAUAUUAUGAAGCUUCUUUUUUUACU